AUGGCGCGUCCCCGCGCCCCGGUUCUGAUCCUGUUGCCGGCGGUGACGCUGGUCCUGGUGUCGGGGUACACGCUAGACACGGAUCACGCGGCGUACCUGUCCGGCGUUCCGGGGUCCAUGUUCGGCUACUCGGUGCUGCUCCACGGGCACGGCGCGCGCAGCUGGUUGGUGGCGGGAGCUCCGGUGGACAACUCUUCUUCUUCUUCGACUCCGGGCGGAAUCUACCGCUGCGAAAUUGCAACAGAGGAGCAGAGAUGUCAGCUGGUGCCUGCCGCCGACGUAUCGCAGUGCGGGAAGACGUGCAAGGCCGACAGCGAGCGCCAGUGGUUGGGCGUCAGUCUGUCCCGACAACCCGGAGACGGAGGACACGUCCUGGCGUGCGCACACCGAUGGAAGAACGUCUUCUACUCCAGCAACGACGGGCAGAACAACAAACUGCCCCACGGCAUUUGCUACCGCUACGACGGAAACCUCACCCGCGCGCAGCCCAUCAUCCCCUGCUACAGAGACCACCAGAGGAAAUUCGGCGAGGAGUACGGCUCGUGUCAGGCCGGAAUGUCCAACCAACUGACUCAGGACCUGAUUGUCAUGGGCGCUCCGGGGACGUCGUACUGGACCGGCUCCGUGCUGGUCUUCAACACUUCCGCCGGCGUCAUGUCCGCCUACCUGGACGACGACGGCUCGGCGGGCUUCGGAAGCUACCUGGGCUACUCCGUGGACGCGGGUCACUUCCUGGACGCCGCCGGCACGGAGGUAGUGGGCGGGGCUCCGCAGUACAACCAGCGAGGAAAAGUGUUCGUCUUCUCGGUGGACGGCAACAUCCUACGCGUCUUAACUCACGUGACGGGGACAGAGCUGGGCUCCUACUUUGGCGCCAGCGUGCGGGCGGCGGACCUGAACGGCGACGGCCUGUCGGAUCUCUUGGUGGGCGCUCCCAUGGCGACGGGCGCCAGCAGGGAGGAAGGGCGCGUCCACGUCUACAUCAACCGAGGCCAGGCUAACCUAGCGGAGGCGGAGUUUCAGUUGAGCGGGGGCGAUGCUCACGCCGCUCGAUUCGGAGAGGCCAUCGCCGACCUGGGAGACCUGGACGACGACGGUUACCCCGAGGUGGCGGUGGGCGCCCCCCAGGAGGACGACCUGAACGGGGCCGUGUACAUUUACAACGGCGGAAAGAACGGCAUCUCGCGAACGCCGUCGCAGAGGAUCACCGGGGCGACGUUGGGUCGUGACCUCCGGAUGUUCGGACGGUCGCUGAGCGCGGGCGUGGACGUAGACCGCAAUGGUUACCCAGACGUGGCCGUGGGCGCGUUCCUCUCGGACGCCGCCGUCGUCCUCAGGUCUCGCCCCGUCCUGCGGGCGGCGGCCUCGUUGGUCCUGCCCGACGGCGUUCGGCGGCGGGCGGCCGGCCUGGAGCUGUCCGUUUGUUUCCGCCUCGCUUCCGGGCGGUACGAGGGCGCCGUGGAGCUGGAGUACAACGUGACCUCCGACCUCCUCCGCCGGCCCUCCUUCCCGCCCCGUUUCUAUUUCCACGGCGACGGCUCGUCCGACGGCACGGGGGGCCGCGUCAGGCUGCGGCCGGGGCGGCUCGCCUGCGCCCGCCACGCGGCCCGACGCGCGAAGGACGUGCGGGACAUUUUCACUCCGCUCCGUUUUGAAGUUUCCUACAACCUGCGGCGCGGCAACGCUCACAAACACUCGCGCAAACUCUUCCCGCCGUUGAGGCCCAUCCUGCAGAGGGCGGCGGGGAGCCGCAAUACCGUCAGUAACCAGACGCAUUUCAUCCGCUCGUGCUCGCUGGCCAACUGUUCCGCGGACCUGCGACUGGACGCCGCGCUGGUCCUCCCGGAGAACGCCGACUACCUGGCGCUGGGAGGCGACGGCGGCUUAACGCUGGAAGCUCGGGUGACGUCGGCCGGAGACGACGCCUUUCUGCCGCGUCUGACGCUGCGCUUCCACCGCCACCUUCACUACGUCAAAGUGCUCCGCAACGAGGACAAGGCGGUGAGUUGCGACGUGACGCAGGGAGUCGACAGCGAGACGGCGGAAGUCGACUGCGGCUUCUCCGGCCUCAUCCUGGCGUCGGGCUCGCAGGUCAACAUCAGCUUCCUGUUGGACGUGAACCAGAACGCGACACCCGGGGACCUCUUCCUUCACGCUAGCGUCAGCAGCGAGAACCCGGAAAGUUCCCAAUACCUCGGCGACAACGCGGCGGCCUUGUCGGUCCCUCUCAAGUACGCGGUGGAUGUGGACGUCCACGGUUCGGUGACGCCGACUUCGUUUGCGUUCGGGGACGAAGACGCCACGCCCGUUGAGUGCUACUCGCAAACCUUCAACUACACCUACAAGGUGUUGAAUCGGGGGCCCAGCCGCUCGCCAGACACACUGAUGGAAAUCACGCUCCCCAAGCUGUUGUCGCCGUACCCUCACAGGUUGCUCCGUGUGGCGGACUGGCAGUCGUCGCAAGGCGCCUGCGUCCUCAGCGACGACACCGCGGCCGUGGCGGACGACUGCGACGUCCCGCGGGCUUCCUUCAUCAAACGGCUGGUCUUCUUCUUCUCGCCCGCCUCCACGCGCCACAUGUUCUGCGGGCGCGGCGACCCGCUGUGCGAACGUCUGCUGUGCCGCUUGGGCACCCUGGAAGCCGGAGGAGACGCCGCCGUUCAUAUACGCGCGCGACUCAACCCCGACGUCCUGCUGCAAGCGCCGGGUCGCCACGGCGCGGUGAGGCUGGAGAGCGGGGCCGUGGUGUCGUGGCCUCCGGACGACCGGCGCGCCGUCCUGAACCAGGAGAGACCUUUCGCGCGGGUGGUGGUGGAGGCGCACUUCACGCAAAAACCUUCCACGCCCAUCAAAGUCUUCAUCAUUGUGGUCAGUUUGCUCCUGGGUCUCAGCAUCUUGGCGGUGCUCGUUUGGUGCUUGUGGAAGGCGGGUUUCUUCAAGCGCGACUUGCAGAAGAAAGAGGAGGAAGACGAGUUCAAACGCGACAGCUGGGACUACGUCCCCAAACGCAGCAACCGGGAGAGCGCGUCCUAA